AUGUCAGAAAACUUCGUCGCUCCCGGCCAACACCGCUACCUGCGCGCCUGCAUGGUGUGCUCUAUAGUUAUGACCUACGCACGCUUCCGCGACGAAGGCUGCCCGAACUGCGAAGAAUUCCUGCACCUGCAGGGCUCGCCGGACCAGAUCGACAGCUGCACGUCCCAGGUGUUCGAGGGCCUCAUCACGGUGGCCGACCCGACCAAGUCGUGGGUGGCCAAGUGGCAGCGGCUGGACAAGUACGUGCGCGGCGUGUACGCGACCAAAGUAUCGGGCCAGCUGCCGGACGACGUGCGCACCACCCUGGAGGAGGAGUAUCGCAUUACGUAUAUCCCGUAG